AAUAUCACAUAAAUCCGCUGUAAAAAGAGAGCGAGCCAUACAAACUAGCGCCGUCAGUUAAGUUAGGCAUGAUUUCAUAAGAGCCUUGGAAUGUAGAAUAGAAGUUUACCUUUCUGGACAGAAAACAAGACACAGAACGGGACGUUUCUUCAGGUCUUCAGUCGCUGUUAUUCACUAUGGCUGCUAGCAGUUACAUCCUGAUUACUUGCCUGACAGCUGUUGCUCACCUCACUAACGAAGUCGAAUGCCAAGGAGACAACCUGGUGGCCUCAAUGCAGCUCGCAACCAUCUCUCUGGUGCACCACGGUGUAACCAUUAACCUGCCCCUCUGCAACACUGCAUCCCCAGUGGAGAUGAGAAAUCCACACGCUGCAGCCAUGCCAUGCACUUCAGUGGUGGUGAUGAAGCAAAGUCCCUUUACACAAUUGAGCAAGUUAAAGCUGACUGUUCUUUCUGAAGACAGACUUCAAAUGAAAUGGAAAGAAGCUGAAGGAACUAUUCAGGGAUACAAAGUGAAAGUGAAGCCCUUAUCAGCCGAAACUGAACACGAAAUGAUGCUGAAAACCAACACAGCCAAAGCCACUGUAGCUGGCCUCAUUUCUACUCAAGAAUAUGCACUUCAGAUCUUUGUGUUAAAUGGAACACAGGAGCGUUUGUUAGCCAAACGAAAGUUUACUAUUGACAACUUGAGGGAAGAAUCGAAAAACAGAAGUGAAAAAAAAAAUGAAAGAAGAAGAACAGCCUCACGAGAGUCAGCAGUGGAGAAUACAACAGAGGCAGUGGAGUCUGCAAGCCCAGUGCUGUACGAAGACCCCCACAAACCAGCUAAGGCUCCAAGAAAUGAAACUGCUAGAAAAAGUUCAAAAGGCAGAAAGAAAAACCGAACGGGGACUGAAGUGCUGAAGAAAGUGGAGAAAAAGGAAGGCAAAUCGGAGAGCGAAAGCAAGGAGAAAGCAAAGGAAACGCUCCCCGCACAGGGUGGAGCAGGAGCAGGGAAAGCCUCCGUGUGCCAGACAGCGGCUCCCGCAGACAUCAUUAUUCUCAUUGAUGGCUCAUGGAGUAUCGGUCGCACAAACUUCAAACGGGUUCGAGAGUUUUUAGAAAACUUGGUCAUGCCAUUCAAUAUUGCACAGGACAAAAUACGAAUAGCUUUGUCCCAGUACAGCGGGGAUCCCCGAACAGAAUGGAAUCUCAACAAUCACACCAACAAAGCUGAACUUCUACAGGCUGUUCGAACCUUCCGAUACAAGGGGGGCAACACCUUCACGGGUCUUGCUCUGACACACGUCCUUGAAGAGAAUCUGGCAGUGGAGUCGGGGGCGCGGCCGGGGCUCCCUCAGUUUGUGGUUCUGCUCACCGACGGUAAAUCUCAGGAUGACGCCAAUGCUUCAGCUCAGAAUCUGAAGAACGCUGGUGUUGAAAUCAUUGCGGUCGGUGUGAAGAAUGCAGAUGAAGCUGAGCUCAGACAGAUUGCCUCUGAGCCCAUUGAGGUGAAUGUGCACAAUGUGAAUGACUUCCCACUGUUGAGCCUGCUGGUGGACAGACUCGUCAGGAUCCUGUGUGGAAGAAUCGAAGAGAGGAGCAAGGGAGCGAUGAACAGACCCACACAACUCUAUCCUGCUCCAACAAAUCUGCUUUUCUCUGAGCUGACAGCCAGGAGCUUCCGAUUGAGCUGGACCGCUCCCCCCGUGCCCGUCAACAAAUACAGGGUGGUCUAUCACAGUGCCAGCGGAGGCAGCCCAAGGGAGGUGGUGUUGAACGGGCUGGUCUCCAGCACUGUCCUGCAGGGACUGUCCUCCCUCACAGAGUACCACGUCUCAGUGUUCCCUGUUUAUGAAAAGAGCGUUGGGAGCGGACUGCGAGGAUCACAGACUACAUUGCCUCUGGCGCCCCCACAGUCUCUCCAUAUAUACUCCUCAACUCACAACAGCCUACGAGUCCGCUGGCAGCCAGCAGGGGGAGCCACGCAGUACCUGGUCCUGUAUUCCCUGCUGUCGGAGGGAGAACCGGAUGAUGGCAGAGAGGUGAAGUUUGAGCCGGAGCAGACAGACAUUGAGAUUGAAGGCUUACAGCCCUCGACUGCGUAUUCUGUAACUGUGUACGCCCUGUAUGGGGAGGAGCCCAGUGAUCCUGUCACUGCAACAGGAACCACAUUGCCUCUGAAUCCUCCCAAAAGCCUGUAUUUCCCAGAGGUGAGCCACAGCAGUGUGCGAGUCAGCUGGGUCCCGGCUUCAGAGAGAGUGAGCCGACACCGCAUCACCUACAUCACAAACCGGGGCAGUGACGUCAAACAGGUAGAAGUUGUUGGCACAUCAUCAGUGCUUCUCCGAAACCUCUCGUCGCUGUCCAGCUACACUGUGACUGUCCACUCCAUGUACGAUGAAGGACUCUCCGCUCCAACAGAAGGCAACAUCACCACCUUGAAGGUCCCGUCACCGUCCGAUUUCAAAGUGACCAACUUCUCUGGCAAGGUGCUUGUGCUGAAGUGGAAGAGUGCAGCUGAAGACGUCCUCUCCUAUCAGAUCAAGUGGAUCUCUCUCAGCGGAGGCAAGCUGAACGAGCUGACAGUGAGUGGAGAUGCAGAAUCGGCAGUGCUGGAGGCAGUGGAUGACAAUGCUGAGUACCAGAUCUCCCUGUCUGCCCUCUACAGUGAUGGAGCUCAAAGCGACGCAGUGGCAGCUCGUUACAGCACCUUUUCAAGAACUGCCCCAGUCAGUGUGGUAAUAGACAGUGAGACAGCAACAAGCCUUGUGGUGAGAUGGCAGCACCCUAAUGCCCAUGUGCAACAGUACAGGGUGGCCUACACAGCUUUGAGAGGAGAGCCAAGGGAGCACAUUAUAACAGUUCCAGCUAGAGACAGCAGUGUUCUACUGAAGUCCUUGGUCCCAGACACUCAAUACAGCGUCCUAGUAACAGCAGUCUAUGGCACAAGAGAAGGGGACAGCGAAUCUGCACAAGGAAAAACAUUGAAGCUGCGAGUGUCCAGUCUGAAUGUCUACAAGUCUGAUCACUCCAGUCUGUGUGCUGCAUGGAAGCUGAGCCCAGAUGCCACCAGUUACAGGAUUGUGUUGGAGUCUCUGAAAGACAGGAAGCCGGUGGAGCAGGUCCUGGAUGCAGGCUCUAAUAGUCAUUGCUUCACGGAGCUGCAGUCUGCAGUGAUGUAUCGGGUCAGUGUGUACGCACAGCUGCAAACUGCAGAGGGGCCUCCAGUCACCGUGCUGCACUCCACAAGCUCUGCUACAGCAAAGCUACCGUCUUCUCCCAGAUUCAUCCCUAAGAACAAUGAAGUGUGUCCAGAAGUCAACAUGAGAAACUACCUCGUCAAAGGGUUUAACAUGAUGGAAGCGUUUGGACUGACCCAGGCUGAGUAUUCCUCCGUGGAGGGCGUGUCUGUGGAGCCCUUUGUCUUCAGCGACGUUCCCUCUUACACUGUUUACAAGGACGUGCAGCUGACACAGAGCACCAGUCUCAUACACCCUGCUGGGAUCCCACCAGAGCACACUAUUAGCUUUUUAAUAAGGCUCCUCCAAGACACGCCCAAGGAGCCGUUCGCAGUCUGGCAGAUCACAGAUGAGGACUUCCAGCCACAAAUGGGAGUAGUGCUGGACUCUGGCAGGAAAACCCUCAAGUACUUCAACCACGAUUACAGGCGAGCGAUUCAGGAAGUGACCUUCGACCAGCCGGAGCUCAGGAAGCUGUUCUAUGGGAGUUUUCACAAGGUGCACGUGGUUGUAAGCCAGACCAAUGCUGUUCUUUACAUUGACUGCCAGCAGAUUGCUCAGAGCUCAGUGAAUCCUCUAGGAAACAUUCCCACUACAGGCUUUGAGAUGCUUGGCAAGCUAGUGAAGACCAGGGGACCCAGGAGUGGAUCCGCACCAUUCCAGAUCCAGUCCUUUGAGAUUGUGUGCAGCACUUCCUGGGCUUCCCAAGAUGCCUGCUGUGACAUCCCAGCCCUGAGGGACAAGGAGAGCUGCCCACCUCCAGCCCACGCCUGCACCUGUACCUCUGAUAUCAAGGGGGCGCCAGGACCCCCAGGACCCCCAGGUCCUCCCGGGCCAAGGGGCUCCAGAGGUGACAGUGGGGAACAAGGAGAGAAGGGAGAGCCCGGACCUCCAGGGAAGCCGGGGCCCGAUGGAAGGGGAGGUCCACUGGGGUCCCAGGGGCCAAGUGGAAUGGCUGUCCGGGGGCCUGAGGGCCCUCCUGGGAAGAAAGGAGAAAAAGGAGACAGUGGUAAACCAGGACUGCAGGGUCCCCCCGGCCCUCCAGGGCCUAAAGGAAGAGACGGAUUACCAGGCCCAAAGGGGAUCCGAGGAGUGGAAGGUGUGGCGGGCCCUGGGGGGCCCUCAGGACCAAGGGGAUUUCAAGGAAUGCCAGGGUCCCCAGGUGGAGGAGGGGACAGAGGACCGCCAGGCCCAGUUGGACCCAUAGGGCUCCCUGGUCACAAAGGAGAGCGAGGAGAAAAGGGUGAACCGCAAUCCUUAGCUACCAUUUAUCAACUUGUAACCCAGUCCUGUGAACAACUUGUCCAUACGCACGUGAUGAAGUUUGACUCCCUCCUUCAUGAAAUGCAGAACCCGGCCCCACUGAAGGAGGAGGUGGGGCCUAUAGGGGAGCCAGGCAUCCCGGGACCCACCGGCCCCAAAGGAAGGAGGGGGGCUCCGGGGAGAGCUGGGGCAGCAGGAGACCCUGGCAAGCCUGCAUACCCGGGAGAGCGAGGAAGACCAGGGCCAGUCGGUGAGAAAGGAACUCAAGGGCCCAACGUGCAAGGGCCCAGGGGGCCACCAGGGCCACCAGGUCCUCCAGGGGAAAUGAAGGUGGGGCCGAGGGGGCCGGAGGGAGUGCCUGGGCAGCCAGGAGCCCCGGGGCUGAAGGGGGCCGUGGGGACACCAGGAGAGCUGGGCCCCCCUGGGGGCUGUGACAGCAGUGGGUGUCAGAGGGGAGAACCACGAGGUGAUGCUUAUUUUGACUACUGAGCCUGAAACUCCACAAUGAGGUCUGAUGAAGCCUGAAACUCCACAAUGAGGUCUGAUGAAGCAGUGUUUAUGGAUUCACCUGCAAGUUCAGGGUUGACGUGUCUAUGUAGUCACUUUGGGUCUUUGAAAAGGAGAGGGCUAAACAAGGAAGGUAGAGGGUUUCUAUGAACACAAACAGCACUGCUCAGACACGAGCAAAUCAAAUAUUAACCUGAUGAAAGAGAAAAACUAAGUGACGUGUGAAGGAGGCUGUCACGAGUGAAAGUUGAGGCUCUCCUCACCGUUGCAAUAACAGUUUUGGUGAUGCAUAUUGUUUUACUGUAGAAAGCUUUGUCAAAAUCAUUGUCAUUCACUGUGUGUUCAUAUUAAGCAAAAAUAUUGUUUCAGUAAUGUAUGAAUUCCUAAGUCACCUGUCAAUACAAUAUUGCACAGUUUACUUCUGCGUAGUCCUUGGCCUUCAUGUACUUACGGAGGGAAACAUUGCUUGUCUUUUUUAAGCAGAGAAACUGUACAUUUAGCUUCCAGAGCCUUGGUUACAAUAGAUCAUCAGUUGCCUGGGUACCUGAAAUAGAUGUUCUUUCUUUCUUCCUUUGUCUGUGUCUGUCUUUCCUGUUUCUUCCUGUCUUCCUGUCUUUUCUUUCUCUCCUUUCACCCCUGGUGCUGCAUUAAACAAUGGUUGUUUAGGAGGAAGAUGACCUGGGCACUACAGAGAUAAAGCUAGCCUCCAAAAGCUUUGCUGCCACUUCAGUUAGUAAAUUAUGUCUAGAGGUUUCCCAUAUUUACUGACAGAGAUGUAAGAUUAAAUCCCCAAUUUCAAUGACUAUCAGUGAUAUCAGUUAUGAUAAUAAAGGCAAUAUAUGAUUAAGAAUGGUAUAGACAACUAGUAGUAUAUGCAUUAAAAUAAAUGAAAUUAGAUAAAUGUAGCCAAUUUAAAGCGAAAAAUGUAUUUUCUAAUGUAUUACAUAAUAAAUACUAACGUGACAUCCUGGAUAGCUGAAACCCACAAUACUUACCAUAUACCAACAAAAUCCACACAAGCAUAGUCACACACACGCACACACACACACACACGCACACACACACACACACACACAAGCGUAGUCACACACACACACACACGCACACACACACAAGCAUAGUCACACACACACACUCGCACACACAAGCAUAGUCACACACACACACACACACGUACGCACACACACACACACACACACACACACACAAGCUAGCUAAAUAAUGUCCAGGUAAUAUGAAGAAUAUCAGUCAUACCUUGCGGUUAAAUGUAAUCCUAAAAGCACUGCAUUUUAGUAUGUAGUACUGUUUGAUACUGUAUCAUAUAUGUUUUUAAUUUGAUGUAUUUCUGUUUCAGAUUUUAGUUUGAUCUAAGAAAAAAUAAAAUCAAAAUGUUGAACUUGUUAA